GUCGAAUCGUCUCGACAGCCUUAACGUCCUAUAUAUUAACAUCAAGAUGCGCCUAAAAAUUAAAUUUAAGGAAAACGUCUAUGAAAUAGAGCUAAAUGAAGAGAAUACAGUGGAAGAUCUUAAUAUGGCUAUAUUUUCGUUUAUAGAUAUUAAUAAAUUUGAAAUCAGGCAUAAAUUUCCACCUAGAAAAGUGGAUAUUUCAGAAUGUGAUAGAACAUUAAAAUCGCUGGGUAUUUUGGACUCAGAGGUGCUUUUAGUCAAAGAAAUAGAUAAUAAUGGAAUGGAAAUUAUGGAUAAAGGUCAAAAUCCGGGAGAAAAUGGAGUAUUUUUGCGUAAUUCGUCAACACAAACAUCUAUUUUAGAGUCAAAGGAUGAUCCGUUUGCACCGCCGGAAAUUGAGCUAGAAAAUAGUGACGGAAGGGUUGUUUUAAGGGUGAUGCAGAACGAUAAUUCAUGUCUAUUUCGUGCAGUAGGAUAUAUAAUUAUGGGGAAAAUGGAUACGGCGAAUGAAUUAAGGUCAUUAGUUGCUCAGACUAUUCAAAAUGAUCCAACGACCUAUUCAGAUGCGAUUCUUGGACGCUCAAGAGAUGAAUAUUGUAGAUGGAUCAAUAAAACUAAUAGUUGGGGAGGAGCAAUUGAAAUAUUAAUUCUUGCAAAUCAUUUUGAGGUUGAAAUAUGUUCUAUUGAUGUAGCUACGGGGAGAACGGAUCGUUUUGGGGAAGGAAGACCUAUGUGUGGGUUUAUUGUGUAUUCAGGGAUUCAUUAUGAUGCUAUUGCAUUAACACCGAUGUCAGGAGCAUCGCCUAAUUUUGAUACGACAAUUUUCUCAGUUGAGGAUUUAAAUGUAAGAAAAGCAGUUCUAAAACUUACGGAUUAUCUACGAAAGAUUCACUAUUAUACUGAUACAUCAAAUUUUUCACUAAAAUGCAAAAUUUGUAAAAUAAAUCUUCGUGGAAGAAAAGAUGCACUAGAACAUGCAAAAAUAACCGGUCAUUCAAACUUUGACGAAUACUGAUGUUAUAAAAUAUCUUUUCCUCAAUUUUACUUUUAAAGAGAAUAAA